CUAUAUUUUCAUUCUAUAGGUUUUGUUUACAGCACUCGGGUGAAAAAAUGGCGCCCAAGGGAAAGAAAACCAAUAGCCCUACUAGCGACAGCGACGAGGACGAAACCUUCUAUUACCGGUAUCCCUCCGCCCCCUCUUCUGACCCGUCGCUGCCGUCGUCUUCACAGUCGCACUUCUCAUCGCAAUCGCACUCACACUCACACUCUUCCACUAAGUCUGGCGGUGGUUCUGGAGGUUUGGUUCCUUCGAAGUCUACUCUCUAUGUUUCCAAUUUCGACUAUUCACUCACUAAUUCCGACCUCCACACUCUCUUCUCCAACUUUGGUAAGAUCGCUCGUGUUACGGUGUUGAAAGAUCGACAGACUCGCAAGUCUCGCGGCGUUGCCUUCGUCCAGUUUAUUUCUCAGGAUGACGCGGUGAAGGCCGCGAAACAGAUGCACGGGAAGAUUUUGAAUGGCCGUGUUCUUAAGGCUGCUAUAGCGACUGAUAAUGGUCGUGCCGCUGAGUUUAUAAGGAAGAGGGUUUAUAAGGAUAAGAGUAGGUGCUACGAGUGCGGCGCAAUUGAUGGGCAUUUGUCUUAUGAAUGCCCUAAAAAUCAAUUGGGGCCAAGGGAGCGACCAGAACCGAAGCGGGUAAGAAGGGGUGGAGUUGGUGCUAGGCACGAGGAGGAUUGGGAUCAGAUGUUGGAGAAGGGUUUGAGGAUGACAGUUGGGCCUCGGUGGUGGACGGAGAUGCAGACCAGAGACUCCUGACUGGCGGUGAGAACAUUGUAGAGAAGAAAAAAGAGAAGAAAGCAAGUUAUUUCAGUGACGAGAGCGACGAAGAUGAUUAACUGAGCCUGUCUCUUUGGGAAGAGUUUGUAAAAGAUGAGAUAAAGCUUACAGAGUUUAGAUUUUGGGCUGCCGGGUGCGAUAAGUAAUAAUGAGUUACAGGCUACAUUAAGAUAUAUCAAGGUUGGAGACCAAAGUUGAGAGGCUAAAGUCGGUAGUACAAGUUAAAGAUAGGGAGAUUGCAACAGUUACACGAAUAGAAGCCAAAGCAAGUAAGAACUCAACAAAUACAUGAGAUGAAGAAGAAAGAAAAGGAGUACAUCAAAUUGCAGGUGAGAACCUACAGGGUAUAGGAAUACCUACAGGAAAGCUGGAUAUGUAUGUUGCUGCUGCUGGCAUAAACCCUCAAAGA